AUGGUAGACUCUCUCAUUGACCCAGACAGCAGUGAUUGGAACAUCAAUCUAAUCAACCAAAUUUUUCUUCCCAACAAUGCCACUUACAUCCUUAGCAUUCCACUAAGCUGCCACAAAUUGCAAGACCACAUGAUUUGGGCAUACACUCCUAGGGAGCGUUUCACUGUCAAUAGUGCAUAUAGAGGGGUGUUGUCCAUAACCCAGACUUCAGUUUUGGCAGAAAAAUCCCAUGACACCGCCUGUGUUCUUGCACCGGAAACUAUUGGACACUUGUUCUGGGAUUGCACUGUUGCUAAAGAUGUUUGGAAUCUCUCGAAUAUACCGUUUGAUAAAAACAAGAUCAACCACAGAGACUUCAUGGACUUCCUUUGGAAUUUGCUCUUCAAGCAACACAUGGGCACCGAACUUAUUAAACUUCUCAUCAUAAUGGCAUGGAGUGUAUGGUUCAACCACAAUAAGACACAAUUAGGGGAAGCUCGCCAAUUAGCGCAUGAAUUCCUAAGGAGAGCUCGCUCACUGCUGCAGGAAUACCAACUUGCUCAUCUUUGGCCCACCCAGUUCAAGGAAGCCACGGAUGGUCGCUGGGUCCCACCUACGUUCCCUUGGUACAAGGUCAAUGUGGAUGCUGUAGUCUUCUCCCACCUUAGCAUGAUUGGAGUCGGUGUGAUCAUUCGAGACCACGUUGGAUCGGUCAUUGCUGCCUUAAGGAAGCGCCUCCCUCUCCCUUUGGGUCCUUUGGAAGCGGAAGCUAAGGCACUGGAUGAAGACACUAUUUUUGCAUGGGACAUAGGGGUCAAAGAUGUCAUUUUUGAAACUGACUCCACUACUAUCUGUCAUGUUAUUGAGAGUCCCAUUAAUGCCCUAAUCUCUAUCUCUACUAUAGUCUUAGGAAUUUGCUCUAGACUAUGUGAGUUUCGUACUUUCCAAUCAUCACACGUGGGGAGACAAGGGAAUUGA